CUGCCCUCGCUCGGUUUGGGGAGUGGUUUGUUUGGGUAAGUGGUGCUAAGUGUAAAAAAGUGGGAAAGUUGGAUUUGGUGCUGCAGGAAAAGUAGUGUAGGAAGUGCCGUGACCUCUUGGAAGUCACCUGUGGGGCAGCCGGGAGCGUUUGAGUGCUGCACGGUAACGGGAUGAGCCAUGGGAAACGCUGAGCGUGGGGACGGUCCAGCCUGCAUCCCGCCCGCGGCUCCACGCGAUUUCCUGGCUGGAGCCCGGAUGCAUAAAUUAUAAAUUCCCCGGCUCGGUCUGUGGCACGGUGACAAGACUGGAAAUACAGGUUCCAGUUUCGGCAUCUCCUGAGGGGCACAGGAAGGUCACGGCCGGAGCAGGGGAGAGCGGGGCAUCCCGGCCGUCUGCAUCCCGCGAGCCCGGAGCCCGGCACGCCUGCACACCGCAGCGGAGCCGGCAUCGCGCCGAGCCGGACGGGACUUGCCCGGACAACGGGCCGGCUCUCGGGGAAAAUCCGUGGGAGGGGGCACGAGGGUCCUGCUGGCGGUGCCUGGGUGGGUUUAGCGGGGUGCAUUUUGGGGUGAUGCCGCGGUCCCGCUGGAGCAUCCAGGGAGGCCCCGGGGGCGUCCAGGCUUCCGGGCCGGAAAGAGGAGCCGGGCGAGCGGAGGCGGCGACCGCGGGCGCCGGGUGCAUCAGCCUGCCUCGGCUUUCGGUUUCCGGCUAACGGCAGCCGCCGCUUCUCCUUUCGUGCUGCUCUGAGACUUGGCGCAAGCGCGGGCUGGGGCCCAGCUCGGCCGACGGUUCGUGGCACGAACCCUCCGACCGGGGUCCCGGGCAGCGGCCGGCUGCCGCCGCGAGCCGCCCCGUGUCCCCGCAGCUCGGGGGGCUCUGCCCGGCCGGCGCUCGCCCCGGGGUCGGGGGUAGCCCCCGAGUGGGGCCGGCGGCCCCUCGCUGCCCGGGGGGCCCCAUCGACGCGCUGUCGGGGUCCGGGGGGGCCGCCCCUUCCCCCCCCCUCGCGGGGGGGCUGCGCCGGGGCGCCGGCUCGCGGGUGGCAUUGGCCGAAGAGGAGGAGGAGGAGGAGGAGGAGGAGGAAGGCGGGCCGGGUGGGGCCGCGGCUCCCGCUGGCCCCGCGGCGCCGGCACUCGGCGGCUCCGCUCCGCUGCGCCAUGAGCGGCCCCGGCGGGGCGGCGACCCUCGAGGCCCCCCCGACGGGCCCCGGGGCCGCUAAGGAGAGCUCCGGGCCCCCCCCGACGGGCCCCGGGGCCGCUAAGGAGAGCUCCGGGCCCCCCGCGACGGGCACCGGGGACGCUCCGGCGGACACCGGGGCCCCGGCGGUCCCUCAUCACCGCGCCCCGUCGCCGCCGCAGGACUACGAGCUGGCCGGCAAGGUGAUGUUACUGGGAGACUCAGGCGUGGGCAAGACCUGCUUCCUGACCCGCUUCAAGGACGGGGUCUUCCUCUCCGGGACCUUCAUAGCCACCGUGGGCAUAGAUUUCCGGAACAAGGUGGUGGCCGUGGACGGCGUCAAAGUGAAGCUGCAGAUCUGGGACACGGCGGGACAGGAGCGCUUCCGCAGCGUCACCCACGCCUACUACAGGGACGCCCAAGCCUUGCUCCUGCUCUACGAUAUCACCAGCCGGCUCUCCUUCGACAACAUCCGCGCCUGGCUCACGGAGAUCCACGAGUACGCCCAGAAGGACGUGGUCAUCAUGCUGCUGGGCAAUAAGGCCGACGUGAGCGGCGAGAGGGCCGUCAGGACGGAGGACGGAGCCUCGCUGGCCAGGGAGUACGGCGUGCCCUUCAUGGAGACCAGCGCCAAGACGGGCAUGAACGUGGAGCUGGCCUUCCUGGCCGUCGCCAAGGAGCUCAAGCAGCGAGCGGCGCGGCAGCCGGACGAGCCCCGCUUCCAGAUCCACGACUACGUCGAGGCGCAGAAGGAGAAGCCCGGCUGCUGCGCCUUCGCCUGAGGGUGCCGGUGCCGGUGCCGGGGCCGGACCCAGACCCAGCCACGGAGGAGAGCACACACGUAGGGAUGCCCUGGCCGACGGCGGCUGGGGACCGCAGCAGAUCCAGCAAGGGCAGCAAGGCUGGCGGCCGGAUCCUGCUGCGGCAGAGCCUGGGGCUCCCCGCGUGCCACUGCGGGAAGGACCGGCUGCCGGCACGGAGCUGGAUGCGGGCACGAGGGGGACCCCAAGGAGAGCCUGGUCCUGUCCCUGCCCGCAAGCUCAGCCGGGAGGACGCUGGGAGCUCGGCCCCCCGCUCGGCCCCCUCCGACCUGCCCAUCGCCGCCUCCGGCAGCGGAGGGAGCAGGGGCCGUGCAGCCGGGUCCCUCUCCCAUGGCUCUGCUCCCUCAGGCGUCCUCGUCCCGCGGUGCGGGUGAGCCUGCGGGGUCCCUCGUGCCUGGGAGGUCCCUCCUGCACGCGCUCGGGGCUCUGCCAGGCCACGGCGGCUCGCUGCGGUGCUCCCCGACCUCCGGUUCGGGUCCCUCCCUCGGGCUUUGCCCGAACCGGCGUGGUGCCAGCCCUGGUCUGGUGAGAGGAGCCGGAGCACCCUGUUCCCGUGGGAUUUCCCGGUCCUUUGGUCCCCACUGUGCUCCUUCCAGAUGAAACCGGGGAGCUGUCGAUUCCCGCUUCAGCUCUGGGGUUUGGGGCCAAGUGAAGGAGGUAACAGGAGACCUUCUAAACUCCCAGCCCCAAACUGAGGUUUUCUCCUACUGCUGUGCAUGUAAUGCAGAUCUUUCUUCCUGCCACUGGCAAAUAGCAGAUUAAACCCACUCUCUAAAGAGCAGAUGCCUGAGAUGCUUCCGCCGGCCAGCACGGGUGUACGUGCUUCACGGAGCUGGGGGGGACCCGGGGAGCAGGUCUUAGGCCCUGCGAUACCUCACUUUUCCUUCAGCAUCCAGCCUCGCUCCGGCAUCUCCGGCACGUCGCCUGCCCGCACCCCGCGUCAGCACGGAGGCAGGAUGCUCCUGGGGGAGAAAACGGCACGAGAUGCUGCUUAUGCGGUUGCACAGCUCAGGGCCGCUGCUCGCAGCAGAUGCGGAGGGGCCGCCCCGACCGGCCACCGCUGCGCGCGGGAGCCCCGGGGUGACGCACGGCUCCAGCACCACCGUCCCACGGGCACCGUCCCCGGCCAGAGCCCCCGGGGCCGCCCGUGCCUCCGCUCCGCUCACGGGUCUCUCUGCGAGUUUGCAGAAUUAAAGCUCAGUGUUUGGGA